AUGGCCAGUGAUAUAUCUCUACAAGAUCCCCUGCUUGCCCUUCGUCGGGCGAUCGCCGCGGGUAGCCUUCCCACGCCGACCACCUCCGACGAGCUCUCAGAUCAGAAUGCCACGGACGACUUGGCCAAAGCUACUCACCUCUAUUUCUCCAAUGUACUACCACAGGCUAUUCCGCUGACCACGCCGACGCGCUUCGUUUCAAGCUCCUCUGACUCCGCCGUCGACCUUCGCAGUAUCUUUUUUGCUUGGCAGAAGAAAGAUGUCGCAAUUCCCGAGUACAUUGCCUCGGCGCAGGAACUAAACGAAUUGCUGAAGCAGAAGGAGCGCAAGGAGGGUGAGGCUGAGGAGAAGGUGCGAAAUCUGGUGUUCGUGGAGCGCUUGGAUCUCAUCACCUGGCUCGAAGGCGCCUCCGACGAGAGCGAAUAUAUUAAGCCCUUGGAGGGCGCCACCGCGGUCGCUGCCUCGGUAGCAUCCCAGGCUCAGGUAUCUGCGAAUAUCGCGUCUGGUGCUGCUGGCGGAGUCUCUGCUGUCACCCGUGGUGCAGCUGGAGCCGGCGCACCCACCGCUGGGGCUCAGCAAGGAAAAGCCGCAAAAGUCAUCGAUCCGCGGUUACAGGAGAUUUACAAUGGAGAACGAAAAUUCGGCGAUCGCAACAGCGUUCUACGUGGGAUAAAGCCAACGGACUUCUCCCAUGUCCGCAAAACCGCAGAGGCCUUCCUCGGUCGCAACCGCUCACGAACCGGACAAUACCCUUCCGGCACCAAGCCAGGAAGCAAGCCACAGUCCAUGGCGCCUGCCCCGUCUGCCGGUCUCUCCCAGCCUCGAAAAGGCAGCUCCAAGACGCAGGACCCAAUCAUCCUUCUUUCCCCAUCGGCAUCAUCCCUCAUUCGCAUGUCCAAUGUAUGGUCAUUCUUACAGGACGGUGUCUUUGUGCCUCCCGAUCAUCCGACUCUCUCCAUGCCCGGCUCCAACAUUCUGUACGUCUCGCGCCCACUGCAGAUGAAUGCAGAUCCGUCCAGCUCCUCCUCUCGCUCCGUCGGCUCCCACGGCUCGUCAAGAAAGCCGACGCGUUUCAUCAUGGUCGACAGUACCGCUAACUUCCGACCGGAUUACUGGAACCGACUCGUGGCAGUCUUCACGACCGGCCAAACCUGGCAAUUUAAGUCGUACAAAUGGGCCUCGCCUCCGGAGCUGUUUAAACAUGCCACUGGCAUCUACGUGGGGUGGCGUGGCGAGGACAUUCCGCGGGAUGUCCGCGGCUGGGGUCGGGGUGUCCACAGCUUUUCAGUUGAACGAUGGGAUGAGAAAGGCGGCGUCCACGGUGCCGGACGAUGGCGAGAUCGUGAAAUCGUCGAAGGCAUCUGGACGGCGAUCGAAGAAGGAAUGAGAUUACGAGGGUGGGGAUCUAAAUAA